UACACUUAUUUCCGUGUGGGCAGCCGGGAUGCAUUUAAAAUGCCCCCAUGUUUAUUUAAACCAAUCCGCGUAGAAAGUCUUUCCCCGCAAAUUCUUGAAUCCGCAGUAGCGUGGAUCUGACAGUGCACUGUCACAAUUUCCCUCUGCGAAUGUCUCGCUCAAAUUGCAAUCGAUCACUGGGCUUAUUUUAUUACUAAAGCCACCCCCACUUAAUUCUACAGAGGAGAUUUUUUCUCCCUGUGUUUGUGUGUGUGAGCCAAAUUCUCAACCAAGAGGCAGCACGUGCUUCUCACAAUACCGCACUUUUAAUUUACAUUUUGCAUACCCUUCAUGAGCGCACCGGUUUUAAUCGCAUCGUUUUUGAUAAGCGCGCACUGCUGAGCGCGAGACACUGACUGACCGGCGGAGAGCUCGUGCUGCAGGAACAGAAGGUGCGCGAGACUCUGUUUGGAACUCACACACACACGAUGAGCGCGCGCGGCGAGGAAGCUGCCGGCGAAGCUUCAGGAUCGCAGGAGCAGCUCGAGCCCGAACCCGAGCCCGCCCCGGCCGAGCCAAAGAAGAGGGGACCGGGCAGACCCAGGAAGCCGCAACAGGAACCUACAGGAGAGCCUGUCCCCAAACGACCGAGGGGACGCCCCAAAGGAAGCAAGAACAAGGGCCCCUCCAAAGCAGCGCAGAAGAAAGCUGAGACCACAGGGGAGAAAAGACCUAGAGGAAGACCCAGAAAAUGGCCACAGCAAGUGGUUCAGGAAAAGCCCGCUCAGGAAGAAGAAGAGGAGGAGGAGGAGGAGGUGGAGCCAGAAGAGGACUAAGCAACCACAGGAUUUUACCUCUACCUCAUCCAGCUGUCAGCUCUCUCCAAGGGAAAAGACUGCCUUGACCACUUAUUAUUGACUUCACACUUUCGUUUGAUCGUUUUCAUAUGUUUAUUUUCGUUUUUCCUCAUUCGUUUAUUUUGGCUUGGCUUCGUUUUGUGAUAAACACACACACACAACACCUCAGAGCGCAACCCGAAAAAAGACGCAAACGCAAACAAACAUCUUGCAGAUGACAAUUGGAGCCGCCUUGCUGUUUCCACUUCCCACAAACUGUUGUAAGCACAAAGGUGCAGGGGUUAAACACACAAUAUGUGCUACAGCUGUUCUUUGCGCCACACACACUCUUGUUGACUGAUUUUCCAGGCUACAUUGGAGGUGAAACUGUCUGGUUUUGUCAUUCAGCAAGUAGUGCUUCCUAUAUCUGGGUGGAACUUUGAAUGGACACACCCUUUCGCACAAGAACCCCCUUUUUUACAGUACCGUACCACCAAAGACAGUUCAAAUAGACCAUUUUCCCCUCUCUGUCCACUUCAUUUGGAGGUUUUGACCAAAAUGAAAGUGAGCUUUAAAAGCAUUCGCCUUAACCUUUAACCUAUUAGUUAUUGAAAUGUAACAUUUUUAAGUG